UUCAUUUAGAGGAAAGAUCAGGAACAAUCAUCGUCUCUGUCCGAAUCCAGAAAGAAACAUUUCCUGGAGGAACCAAAAACCCAACAACAACAACAAAAAAGGUUCCUCUUUUGUUUUGCUUCAUCUUUUUGGAUUUGGUUUUCAGGACGAUGGAUUCCAUCAAGAACAGAACAUUGCUCAAGGUUAUCGUCCUCGGCGACAGCGGCGUUGGGAAGACAUCUUUGAUGAACCAGUACGUGUAUAAAAGGUUUAACCGGCAAUAUAAAGCCACCAUCGGAGCGGAUUUCGUCACCAAGGAGCUGCAUAUAGGAGAAAAGUUCGCCACUUUGCAAAUUUGGGACACAGCCGGACAAGAAAGGUUCCACAGUUUAGGUUCUGCAUUCUACAGAGGCGCCGAUUGCUGCGUUCUUUCAUACGAUGUGAAUACCCUUAGAACGUUCGAAUCCCUCAACAACUGGCACGAAGAAUUUCUCAAGCAGGCAAAUCCUAUCGAACCCGAGACGUUUCCCUUUGUUUUGAUCGGGAAUAAGAUCGAUGUAGACGGCGGAAACAGUAGAGUGGUUGCAGAGAAGAGAGCCAGGGAAUGGUGUGUCUCGAAGGGCAACAUCCCAUACUACGAGACCUCGGCCAAGGAAAAUACCAAUGUCGAUGAUGCUUUUCUGGGGAUUGCAGACAGAGCUCUCGCCAACGAACGUCAACAAGACAACAUAUAUUUCAGAGACAUGUCUGAAUCUGUUUCAGAAAUGAUCGAGCAGCGGAACGGAGGCUGUGCUUGCUGAAUCUUUUUUCUGAUCCAAAAACUGAGUCCCCUCUGUUUUUACUCCCAAGUGCCUUUGCCUCUUCUUAUGUUUUCCUUUUACUAUUUACUUUUUUACCUUAUAGGGUUUGUUUUCUUUGUAUUUGCAAUGCUCUAAUAUGUUGUAGUACUCUAACGAUGGUGGUGAAACGAGAAAAAGAAAUUACGGGUCGGGCCCAUAGAAACGAGAUAUGUCUUAACUGAUUAUAAUUUUUUUUUA